AUGAUGUUUCCUCAAGUGGCGGUACCCCAGAUAAACGUAAGGAAGGUCAGGUGCUACAAGUACCCCAAAGAAGCUAAGACGUUUCCUGGCACGGGGGAUAAUUCAGAUAUGGACCCAGAUACUGGUAGUCCUAGUAUUGAAAACGCUGUUAUACCUCGUCUAAUUGACGACAAGGCCGGAUGUAGAAUGGUAUUUAGAAAACAUCAUUCUUUUAUAUCAUACGGAUUGGUUUGGACAAGCAUUAAAGAUACAGCAAGUGAUAAUAUGGCUUUUGGAACGAGUAGUUUAAUGAGUAUUCCUGUCGAUCGUCCUUUUUUUAUUUAUCCUCUCUCCUUCAGAAUUUGA